AUGCAAUUUGAUCUAAGAAAUUUUGAUAUCAAAUCCCAUUCAAUUUAAGAUACUAAUCAUUUAUAAAGUAUUGCUUAUGGUUUAAAUACAAAUAAGUAUAAUAUGGGAUCAUCAAAAUUAAAUUUUGACCCAUAUUCAUAGGAUGAUAAAAUAUAUGAAAUACUUACUGAAUGUAAAACUGAAUAUUAGGAUAUUGCCUUAUCCUAUAGAAUGAGAGUCAAAAGCUUUUUCUGUUAAUUAGAUGAAUUUUACAUAUCUGGUAGUUGCUAAAUAUGCCAAUCAGAUAAAGGAUUUAAUUCAAUGACUUACAAUACGACAAAAUGCCCUACUUUUGAUAAAACAAAAUUUUAGGCUAUAACUUCUAAUGGAAUUUAACUCAAAACAGGUUAUUGGAGACCAAAUUAUGUAUCUAAUUUUAUUGAACGUUGCUAUAAAAAUGCUGAUUAAUGUUUAGGUGGUUGGUCUAUUGGUGGCAAUAGUGAUUUGUGUGAGGAGUGUGAUAAAUUUGAUCUAAGAGGAGAUGGACAAUACUUUAAGAACUAAUAUUAUUUGGAAUGUUAAUAAUUUUAAGAGCUUUCAAAAAGAUUAAUAGCUUUCUUUUUGAUAUUAUUUUAGUAAACUCAAUAAAUAAUAAUAUAAGGGCGAUUUUAUCAACUCUACUUACCAUCCGAAGCAUUGAAAAAUCAAAUUAAUUAUUUACAUCGCUUAAAUUAAAAUAAAAAUUUACCGAUAUUCUAUUCAAUCUUGAUUAAGGUAAAAAUAAUCUAGUAACUUAGAUCAUGAAAGUAUUUUACUUAAAUUAUUUUUAAAUUACUUAUGGAUAUUUUCAUUUAUUGUUAAAUUUACAUUAAAUUUUCAUUCUCUUUAAGCUUUAUUAAAUAAUCUAAUGA